AUGACGGAACACAAUGUCGACCUUACCGAGAACCUCGGCGCGUCUAUGGUGGGCACCUGCAUUGCAUUGCUCGUGCUCAGCUGGAUCGCCGUCGGGCUACGGACGUACACGAGGGCCAUAUUGAUGAAGAGUUUCCAGAUCGACGACUGGCUCAUGCUCGUUGCUCAACUCAUUUUUACGCUCACCUGCGCCAUGGUCAUUGAGGGGGUGAACAAGGGCAUGGGAAAGCACAAUGCAGCAAUCACCAACGAAGACGACCGGGUUGCCGCCCUCAUGUGGCAAGCUCUGGCGACGGCGAUAUACAUUCUCGACAUGAUGUUCAUCAAGCUCAGCAUUGGUAUUUUCCUUCUCCGGCUGGCUGUCGGGAAGGUAUACAAGUACAUCCUCAUGGUCAGCCUAGUCGUCAUCGCGCUCUGGAGCUUGGGCAUCUUCUUCUGGGACGUGUUUCAAUGCAAUCCGGUUGCGAAGCAGUGGGACUUUAGAAUCGACCACGGGCACUGCGCCAGCGCCGAUGAGAUCAUAUCCGCCGCGUACGCUCUGAGCGUCAUGACGGUGCUGUCAGACUGGCUCUAUGCUCUUUUGCCCAUUCCGAUGCUUUGGAGUGUCAAGAUGACGAAGCAAGCAAAGGCGACUGUGAUUGUGAUUCUUGGCCUCGGCAUAUUCGCGAGCAUCGCCACUUUGAUCCGACUCAAGUUCUUGAAUGGGCUGCAAGAAUCAGACGAUCUGCUGUAUACGGCAACGGAUGCCAUGAUCUGGACGGUGGUUGAGCCUGGCGUUGCCAUCAUCGCUUCGAGCCUGGCAACGAUCCGACCGCUCCUGCGAGCCAUGAGGGUCAGCGGUUUUACAUCGACGGACAGGACUCCGAGCACGGGCGUAUCGGGCGGAGGGCGUUACGGACAGAACAGUCGAAACACGGCGACGCGAUCCAUGCCUGGCUUUGGACCCAACGACGUCUCGCUUCAUCAAGUUGGCUACGGCACGGAAUCGAGGCAGGCAAACUACCAAGUCAAAGGUGCAGCGGCAGGCCUGACGUUUGACGAAUUCCACAAGCAGGCCAUGACGGGCGGUCAAGCCACGGACGAGGUAGGGCACCACGACGCCAAGAGCGAAGUCUACGUGAUUGAGGGUAGUAAGAACUCGCCGACAUGGAGCUCCCACGACCUCCACCCGACGAACCGCUCCCUGGAGGACUUUCACGACCUCGAAGAGCAGAGCCAAGGUCUCGGCAUCUCCAGCAGGGCCAGAUGA